AAAAUUGUUGAAAAGCGAAAAAAAUUAAACUGAUUUGAUAAAUUAUUUUUCAUUAUUAUUAAACUUAAUUAAUUUAGUUUUUUAUUUGCUUUUAUUCAAUGCUUGCUAGGGCCGUUAAUGCAUUGCCUCUUGGGAUUUCUCAAGGAAUUACCAAACUUUACUUUUUAGCAUUAACUUGGAAACAACAAGGAUUACAUAGUUCUCAAGAGCAUCACGCAUUCAAUAAAAUGGAUGUGAAGAUUCUACCAGCCUUGCAAGAUAAUUAUAUGUACUUGAUAGUAGAUAAAGCUACUAAAGAGGCGGCGAUAGUUGAUCCUGUAGAACCCAAUUCUGUGUUAAAAGCUGUGGAAGAACAAGGAGUGAAACUGACUAAAGUUCUUACCACACAUCAUCACUGGGACCAUGCUGGUGGUAAUGAAAAUUUGGUAAAAUUGCACCCUGGCUUAGAAGUGUAUGGUGGUGAUGAUCGUAUUGGUGCUUUAACAAGAAAAGUAAUGCAUAAUUCAAGGUUUAAUAUUGGUAAUCUGAAUGUACAUUGCCUGUUCACUCCAUGCCAUACUGCUGGACAUAUCUGUUAUUUUGUCACACCAUCUGAAGAAGGGGAAGACGGAGUUGUUUUUACAGGUGAUACACUAUUCCUUGGAGGUUGUGGCAGAUUCUUUGAAGGUACAGCUGAACAAAUGCACCAUGCACUGAUUGAUGUUUUAAGUAACCUCCCAAACCAAACAAAGGUUUUCUGUGGUCAUGAAUAUUCUUUGCAAAACUUAAAUUUCGCCUUACAUGUUGAGCCUCAAAAUGAAAAAAUUAAAGAGAAGAUUACCUGGUCUAAGCAACGGAGGGAGGAAGGAAAACCAACUGUUCCAUCAACAAUUGCUGAAGAAAAGUUGUACAAUCCGUUUAUGAGAGUAAUGGUACCUUCUGUUAUGGAACAUGCUAAUCAACGCAACCCUAUAGAAACUAUGAGAGCAAUUCGUCUUGAAAAAGAUGGUUUCAAGGGUUGAUAAAUUAUUAUGUGAACUAUGCAUUUUUUCAUUUUGUUAAAUU